GUUCCUUCGUCUUUGGUUUCUUCAAAUACAUCUUUGUUGUAUAAUUUUCUUUGUUGUUUUUUUUGUUUGCGGGAGGGGAGGAUUUCCCUCGCUUUCUCUCCUUGUUAUUUUCUCGCUCUCGCACCAAUUACCACGCGUAUAUAGAAAAGGAGAGAGGUCCAGAUCAGGUGCUACAUUUUGGCAGUUUGUCCUCUUUCCACACCCAAAAUCAAUUCCUCAUCCAAUCCAACUUGGGCAACGAAACCACCAUAGCCAGCCUUCCUUUGCCCUCCCUGAUUUCCGGGAGCGAUUGCGCUAACGGUGGCCGGCGAUUUUGUUCCAAUCCUAGCUAUCGCCGAUGAUCAUACUACUCCCGCCGCGCUUUCAUCAUUGACUUUUCUUGCCGCCUCUCUACCUAUUAAUUGAUCGCUCGCUCGCUCGCUCGCUCGCUCGCGUUGGGGUUAGGGUUUUCGUUCCUUGGAUCGUUCGUUCUCUUUCCUUCUUUCGUAAGGAAGGGAAAAGGGAAAAGGGGAGGGAAAGGGAAAGGGGCAAAAGGACGGAGGAAGUCUUUCAUCGAAGAAUCACAACCAGACAGCUACUCCACGGAGUUCCGGUUUCGAAGAAGGGUUAGGGCAUCCCGUCUCAUGGAAUCUUCCGGCGGUAAUUCCGACCCCUAUAGAGUCUCUUCCGGAGGAACUACCACCAGCGGCGGAAAUUCCCGCAGAUAUGGACUGCUCUCCGCUUCCAGCAUCAUUCAGGCUCCCAUUUCAGCUCUCCUUGAGUACUCUGGCCUCCUCCGCACCUCUAGGUCAACCCUCUCCGACUCUGACUCCUUGAUACCCGCCGCUUCCUCUACUCCACCACAGCUUUCUCCACCCGGAACCGGAGGUGCUUUGCCUCCCUCUCUCUCUCGGGAUCAUCUCCAUCGCCUUGAUGAUCCUGCCUCGUCCCCUCCAGGCACCAACGGUGAGGUGUCCAUUCGGAUUAUAGGCGCCGGUGACCAUCACGACUCUGACAGAGAGGCCUCCUCCCUCCUCCUACCAGAGCAGCAGCUCCCUUCUUCUCAGUCCGAUGCCCAACAUCACCAGCUUCUCUCCGGAAUCACCUCGGACCUGCACACUGAUUCCAGACCCGAUCGCCCCUCUCCCGAAGUUUCUCCCCACCACACUUCUAACACAAGCACGGACGGAGAAGCCUCUGAUGCAGCUGGUCCCAAUGGCAGGGAUUCCUCUUACCAGCGAUAUGAUAUCCAGCAAGCUGCCAGAUGGAUCGAGCAGAUUCUUCCCUUCUCUUUGCUUCUUUUGGUCGUUUUCAUCCGCCAGCACUUGCAAGGUUUCUUUGUCACCAUUUGGAUUGCGGUCGUCAUGUUCAAAUCCAAUGACAUUCUUCGGAAACAGACAGCUCUGAAGGGCGAGAGGAAAAUCUCUGUGUUAGCUGCCAUUGCCUUGGCAUUCACACUCCAUGUUGUUGGUGUUUAUUGGUGGUAUCAGAAUGAUGAUCUUCUCUACCCUUUGUUUAUGCUUCCACCAAAAUCUAUACCACCUUUUUGGCAUGCUGUUUUCAUCAUCAUGGUGAACGAUACUCUGGUGAGGCAGGGUGCAAUGGUGCUCAAAUGCUUUAUUUUGAUGUACUACAAGAAUAGUAGAGGGCGAAAUUAUCGUAGACAGGGCCAAAUGCUAACUUUGGUUGAAUACUUGAUGCUCCUGUAUCGUGCUCUGCUGCCUACGCCAGUGUGGUACCGCUUCUUUCUGAACAAGGAGUACGGUAGCCUCUUUUCCUCAUUAAUGACCGGGCUCUACUUAACUUUCAAGCUAACAUCUGUUGUGGAAAAGGUUCAAUCUUUCUUUGCUGCCCUGAAGGCGUUGUCUCGCAAAGAGGUGCAUUAUGGUGCUUAUGCAACAUCUGAGCAGGUUAAUGCGGCUGGGGAUUUGUGUGCUAUAUGCCAGGAGAAGAUGCAUGCCCCUAUUCUGCUUCGCUGUAAGCACAUUUUUUGUGAGGAUUGUGUGUCAGAAUGGUUUGAAAGGGAAAGGACAUGCCCGUUGUGCAGGGCUACGGUGAAGCCUGCAGAUCUGAGGUCAUUUGGAGAUGGAUCAACCAGUUUGUUCUUCCAGAUAUUCUAGUAGAAGUACUGCUGUAAAGAAAGGAAAUCUAAUCCAGGAUGAUAUCUCCUCUUCCUUUUCUGAACACAUUUUCCUUGUUUUUUUUGUUUCUAUGUUUGGGGGAUCUCCUUCCUUGUGAAGAAAAGGAAGGAGGGGUCACUUGGCGCUGGGGCUGCCUGCAAAUGCGCUCUGCUACUGUUAUGUGAGUAAAAUAUCAAUAGGGGUUGAAGAGACGGGAUUAGAAAGAGAACUGGGAUACUAAUACUUCGCCUCCCCUCGAACCAACAGGGGGGUUGAUCGCAGGAGAAUGUGAUUGUGAGUUGCUAUUGAUGUUGUACGGCGGACAGGAUGGAAAUGUUUUUCCCCCCCCUUAUCUUACUUAGUACAGGCCAAUGAGAACUGAGAAGCCCCUUUUAUGACAGCAGGAGAUGGUGUAAGCGUAACUCUAAAGACGCUGGAUGUCGAUGGUUAUAAAUUUGAAAGAAAAAAAAAAGGAAAUUUCCCUGUGACCUCUCUUUUCAAUGUACACUAGAUUCGAUACCCGCGGCUAGGGCAAGUAAAAUUGAGAGACGUAAAAAUGAUAUGC